AGGGAGAUGAUUUAGACCUUUUGGUUACAGAUGAAGAUGGAAAAUGUCAAAACAUCAUUGUAUGACAUAUGCAUCGAAAAUAUACAUCUCCAUAUUCACAACAGCAACCAUCAUUCAAGAGGUUAUGGAAAUCAUCAGCCUCAAAAGCGUAAUACCUCUACUUCUCUUGCUUUCUGUAAUUUGUUUUGGGUUUUGCACUGCCAUCGACACCAUGACCUCCACUCGAUUCAUCGAAGACCCUGAAACUCUAGUCUCUAAUGGAAGUGCCUUCAAACUGGGUUUCUUUAGCCUUGCCGAUUCAACCAACCGCUACGUUGGCAUCUGGUACAGCACCCCUUCUUUAUCUACUGUCAUAUGGGUGGCUAACAGGGACAAACCCCUCAAUGAUUCCUCUGGGAUUGUGACCAUAUCUGAAGAUGGUAAUCUUCUGGUUAUGAACGGCCAGAAAGAGAUUGUUUGGUCCUCAAAUGUUUCAAAUGCAGCAGCAAAUUCAAGUGCUCAGCUUUUAGAUUCUGGAAACCUUGUUCUGCGAGAUAACAGCGGAAGCAUCACAUGGGAGAGCAUCCAACAUCCUUCUGAUUCACUUUUGCCAAAGAUGAAAAUCAGCACUGAUACAAAUACUGGUGAGAAGGUAGUACUAACAUCAUGGAAAUCUCCCUCUGAUCCGUCUAUUGGAAGUCUCUCUGCAGGAAUAAACCCUCUAAGCAUUCCUCAACUAUUCAUCUGGAAUGGCAGUCAUCCAUAUUGGCGAAGUGGUCCAUGGGACGGACAGAUCUUUAUUGGAAUACCCGACAUGACUUCAGUUUUCCAUAAUGGACUUCAGGUGGUUGAUGAUAAAGAAGGUACUGUUUAUGCAACUUUUUCUGUGGCAAAUUCGUCUAUCUUUUUCUAUAAUGUCUUGACUCCCCAAGGAACACUAGUGGAAACAUACAGGGAGUACGGGAAGGAGGAGUGGGAGGUUACUUGGAGCAGCAAUAAAAGUGAGUGUGAUGUUUAUGGUACAUGUGGGGCAUUUGGAAUCUGUAAUUCAGGGAAUUCACCAAUUUGCAGCUGUUUGAGAGGGUACGAGCCAAAGUAUAUAGAGGAAUGGAGUAGAGGAAAUUGGACUAGUGGAUGUGUGAGGAAGACGCCACUACAAUGUGAAAGAACAAACAGCAGCAGCGGUCAACAGGGCAAACUAGACGGAUUUUUUAGGCUAACAACAGUGAAAGUUCCAGACUUUGCGGAUUGGUCUCUUGCUCUCGAAGAUGAAUGCAGAGAGCAGUGCUUGAAGAAUUGUUCUUGCAUGGCUUAUUCAUAUUAUAGUGGCAUCGGUUGUAUGUCAUGGAGUGGAAACUUGAUUGAUUUGCAAAAAUUCACUCAAGGUGGGGCAGAUCUUUACAUUCGUCUUGCCAAUUCAGAACUAGAUAAGAAGAGAGAUAUGAAAGCAAUUAUUUCUGUUACAAUUGUAAUAGGAACAAUUGCCAUUGGCAUCUGUACAUAUUUCUCAUGGAGGUGGAGACGCAAACAAACAAUGAAAGAUAAAAGCAAGGAGAUAUUACUAUCUGACCGAGGGGAUGCAUAUCAAAUUUAUGAUAUGAAUAGGCUUGGAGACAAUGCAAACCAGGUUAAACUUGAAGAGUUACCACUUCUCGCCCUUGAGAAGCUGGCAACUGCAACAAACAACUUUCAUGAGGCCAAUAAGCUUGGGCAGGGUGGUUUUGGUCCAGUAUACAGGGGAAAAUUGCCAGGAGGACAAGAAAUAGCAGUGAAAAGACUUUCAAGAGCAUCUGCACAGGGUCUAGCAGAAUUCAUGAAUGAGGUGAUGGUGAUUUCUAAAAUCCAACACCGGAAUCUUGUUAGACUUCUUGGCUGCUGCAUUGAAGGAGAUGAAAAGUUGUUGAUCUAUGAGUACAUGCCAAACAAAAGCUUGGAUGCCUUUCUCUUUGAUCCUCUGAAGCGAGAGUUUUUGGAUUGGAGAAAACGCUUCAGCAUUAUCGAAGGGAUUGGAAGAGGUCUCCUUUACCUUCACAGAGAUUCUAGAUUAAGAAUCAUUCAUCGAGACCUAAAGGCAAGUAACAUUUUGUUGGAUGAAGAUCUGAAUGCUAAGAUUUCAGACUUUGGUAUGGCAAGGAUAUUUGGAAGCAAUCAAGAUCAAGCCAAUACAGUGAGGGUCGUGGGAACGUAUGGUUAUAUGUCCCCUGAGUAUGCAAUGGGAGGACAAUUUUCAGAAAAAUCUGAUGUAUUCAGCUUUGGGGUGUUGUUAUUAGAGAUUGUAAGUGGGAGAAGGAACACUAGUUUUCAAUAUGAUGACCAGUACAUGAGCCUUUUGGGAUAUGCAUGGACACUCUGGUGCGAACACAACAUCAAAGAACUAAUAGAUGAAACCAUAGCAGAAGCCUGCUUCCAAGAGGAGAUAUCAAGAUGCAUACAUGUGGGACUGUUAUGUGUGCAAGAAUCAGCUAAAGACAGGCCAUCCAUUUCAACUGUUGUUUCUAUGCUCUCUAGUGAAAUUGCACAUCUUCCUCCCCCAAAGCAACCUCCAUUCUUGGAGAAGCAGACUGCGAUAGAUAUUGAGUCUUCUCAACUGAGACAAAACAAAUAUUCUUCAAACCAAGUAACAGUUACAGUCAUUCAGGGCCGAUACAAAAUAGGUGUGAUGGUUUCCAAACUCAAUGCAGACCCUUCUUUUGGAGUGGCAUGUACAAUUGGUGCUAGCAGACCAAAUCACUUGUCCGUUUGUACGGAGUCCAUUUUCACAGAAACAAGAAGCAUUGGAGCAGCUAUGGGGAUCAACAGUGGCACUACUGUAAGAGUUCUAUUGCUCUUAUUUUAUUGUUUUUGGUUUGAGUUUUGCGUUUAUGCCAUAGACACCUUUACAUCCACACACUUCAUCAAGGAUUCUGAAACUAUAGUCUCUAAUGGAAGUCUCUUCAAACUGGGUUUCUUUAGCCCUAGUAAUUCUACCAAACGCUAUGUCGGAACCUGGUACGGCAAGACUUCUGUAUCCUCUGUGGUAUGGGUUGCUAACAGGGACAAGCCCCUUAAUGAUACAUCUGGAAUUGUGAAGAUAUCUGAAGAUGGUAAUCUUCAAAUUUUGAAUGGCGAGAAAGAGGUUAUCUGGUCAUCAAAUGUUUCAAAUGCUGUAUCAAACACAACCGCGCAGCUUUUAGAUUCUGGAAACCUUGUUUUGAAAGACGACAGCAGUGGAAGGAUCAUAUGGGAGAGUUUCCAGCAUCCUUCUCAUGCACUUUUGGCAAAUAUGAAACUCAGCACCAACAUGUACACCGGUGAGAGACGAGUGCUGACAUCAUGGAAAAAGGCUUCAGAUCCAUCCAUUGGAAGCUUCUCUGUAGGAGUUGAUCCAUCAAAUAUCACUCAAACUUUCAUUUGGAAUGGCAGUCAUCCAUAUUAUCGCACUGGUCCAUGGAAUGGUCAGAUCUUUAUUGGAGUAGCCAACAUGAAUUCAUUUGUUGGUAAUGGGUUUCGGAUGGACCAUGAUGAAGAAGGUACCGUUUCUGUAUCUUUUACUACUUCUGAUGAUUUUUUAUCAUUGUACUUUACCUUGACUCCUGAAGGAACAAUGGAGGAAAUAAAUAGACAGAAGGAAGAUUGGGAGGUCAGAUGGGAAAGCAAGCAAACUGAGUGUGAUGUUUAUGGUAAGUGUGGGGUAUUUGGAAUCUGUAAUCCAAAGAAUUCACCAAUUUGUAGCUGUUUGCGAGGGUAUGAGCCAAAGUCUGUAGAGGAAUGGAAUAGAGGAAAUUGGACUAGUGGGUGUGUGAGGAAGACCCCAUUGCAAUGUGAGAGAACAAAUGGUAGCAUUGAAGUGGGAAAAAUAGAUGGAUUUUUUAGGGUAACAAUGUUGAAAGUACCAGAUUUUGUAGAAUGGUUCCCUGCUCUUAAAAAUCAAUGCAGAGAUAUGUGCUUGAAGAAUUGUUCCUGUACAGCUUAUUCCUAUAAUAAUGGAAUUGGUUGUAUGUCAUGGAGUCGUGACUUACUCGAUAUGCAAAAGUUCUCUAGCAGUGGAGCAGAUCUUUACAUUCGUGUCGCACACACGGAACUAGAUGAAAAGAGAAAUGUGAAAGUAAUUGUUCCAGUUAUAGUGAUUAUAGGAACAAUUACUAUCAUCUGCAUAUAUUUAUCAUGCAGGUGUUGGAUGACCAAACAAAGAGCAAGAGUAAGAAGGGAGAAAAUCGUGGAAGUGUCACUGUUUGAAAGAGGGAAUGUACAUCCAAAAUUUUCUGAUGCCAAUAUGCUUGGAAACAAUGUGAAGCAAGUUAAACUUGAAGAGCAACUGCUUAUCAAUUUUGAGAAGCUGGUGACUGCAACAAAUAACUUUGAUGAGGCCAAUAAGCUCGGGCAGGGUGGUUUUGGUUCAGUGUACAGGGGAAAAUUGCCAGAAGGACAAGAAAUAGCAGUGAAGAGGCUAUCAAGAGCAUCUGCCCAGGGGCUUGAAGAAUUUCUGAAUGAGGUUAUGGUGAUUUCUAAUGUCCAACACCGAAACCUUGUUAGACUUCUUGGCUGCUGCACUGAAGGAGAUGAAAAGAUGUUGGUCUACGAGUACCUGCCAAAUAAAAGCUUGGAUGCCUUUCUCUUUGAUCCUGUCAAGCGAGAUUCUCUAACUUGGAGGAGACGCUUCAGCAUUAUUGAAGGGAUUGCCCGAGGCCUCCUUUACCUUCACAGGGAUUCUAGAUUAAGAAUUAUUCAUCGGGACCUUAAGGCAAGUAACAUUUUAUUGGAUGAAGACAUGAAUCCUAAAAUUUCAGAUUUUGGUAUGGCCAGGAUAUUUCAAGCCAAACAGGAUAAAGCCAACACCGUCAGGAUUGCUGGAACAUAUGGCUAUAUGUCUCCUGAGUAUGCAAUGGAAGGGAUUUUUUCAGAGAAGUCCGAUGUAUUCAGCUUUGGAGUAUUAUUAUUAGAGAUUAUAAGCGGGAUAAAAAGCGCAGGCUUUUGUCAUGAUGAGCAGUCUUUGAACCUUUUAGGAUAUGCAUGGAAACUAUGGAAUGGAGACAGCAUGGAAGCAUUUAUAGACGGGAGAAUAUCAGAAGAAUGCUACCAAGAGGAGAUAUUGAGAUGCAUACAUGUGGGGUUGUUAUGUGUGCAAGAAUUAGCAAAAGAUCGGCCAUCUAUUUCAAUUGUUGUUUCUAUGCUCUGUAGUGAAAUUGCUCAUCUUCCUUCCCCAAAGCCACCUGCAUAUCGUGAGAGGCAGAUUACAAUAGAUACAGAGUCCUCCAGGAGACAAAACUUAUGUUCAGUGAACCAAGUAACUGUUACAAACGUCCAUGCCCGGUAAAAAUUAGGUUAGAGCAAAUUAAAUCUUUAUUUGUAAUAUAUAUUUUGAUGAUUUCUGUGUGGAGGACUGUGCCCAUCCUCGUUUCAAGGAGCCCAUGAAGCUGUAGUUGCACGAAACAAUCAGUUUUGUUGAUUUUGAUACUUCAUUUCUCAAGAAAAAUCUAUACACCUUGAAAUAAAAACAUGCAGAUCAGAGAAA